GAGAAUACAGUAUUAAUAUGGUUUUGACUUCACCGUCUCUUUGUCGAUAUUAAUUGGUGUUUGGGCAGCAGUCCUCGAACAUUAGAAUGAUCCCAAUCUUGACAACUCGGCAAGCCGAAGAGCUGUAUGUGGCAGGAUAGCUCCACGCGAACAAUAGCUCAGGGGCCAUGCUAAUGCUGUGGCACCCAUAGACAUAAAUCGAUAAUAGCAUACUUUUCUUCGGCCGGCUUCUCAGAUGUAGCAGAGACACUCAGGGCGAGUCUGAAUCUCGACGAUGGAAUAUUCGACGCAGAGACAGCAAGGAGGUAUGAAGGUCUGCUGGAGAAGAAAUGGACGGGUGUAGUUCGUUUACAAAAAAAGGUCAGGCUCAAGUCCAAUAGGCAGUAGGAAUGGGCUGCUAGUAACUGUAUCUAACCUUGCGGCCUCACUAGAUAAUGGAUUUAGAAAACCGGAACUCAGUCCUCCAAUUCCAACUUGACAAUGCCACACCGAGUGUAUCUCGACGAACACAAGAUCCUGUCUCCUGGUUGCCCAAAUCACCUGCACGAUAUACUCUAGAAUCACAUCAGAAAGAAGUGACCUGCGUUGCAUUUCACCCGGUCUUUUCCUCCCUCGCGUCUGGCUCACAAGAUUGCACGAUCAAAAUUUGGGAUUGGGAGCUGGGGGAACUGGAGCGGACAAUCAAGGGGCAUACAAGAACUGUGACGGAUCUAGACUUUGGGGGACCGAGAGGCGGCACAAUUUUGGCGUCUUGUAGCAUUGACAUGACUAUCAAAUUAUGGGAUCCUUCGAACGAUUACAAAAACAUACGCACGUUACACGGCCACGAGCAUAGUGUCAGUGCCGUUCGAUUUAUCCCAUCGGGCGCAGGGCAAGCAUCGGGAAACCUGCUUGUCAGUGCUAGUCGAGAUACGUCCAUCAGAAUCUGGGAUGUCAAUACCGGCUAUUGUGUGAAUACGAUAAAUGGCCAUACUGGUUGGAUACGGGACAUCUUUCCUUCUCUCGAUGGCCAGUUCCUUCUUUCCACGGGAGAUGACAAAACAGGCAGACUAUGGGAUAUCUCCGCCGCGACCCCCGAAGAAAGGACCGUCUUGACUGGCCAUGACAACUUCAAUGUAUGUACUUCCGGAUUUUCGAUGGCCUUUUUUCCAGAAGAUAAACACCGGUCUAGUGCCCACAGUCGAGGAAAUAGUUUCCGCGUUUUCAAAUUCUCUCCUGGAAGAUCUUACUGACUCUAGAUCUAAGGAAUGCUGUGCUCUGGCACCUCCAGCUUCUUAUCAGUAUCUGGCUCAAAUGGCUGGAAUGAAGAAACUACCACCAGCAAGUAGUAGUGCAGAAUUUAUGGCAACAGGAUCUCGGGACAAGGACAUAAAAAUCUGGGACUCUCGCGGCCUUUGCAUCAAAACCUUGACUGGCCAUAAUAAUUGGGUCCGGUCCUUGAUCUUCCACCCUGGCGGCAAAUAUCUUGUGUCUGUUUCGGACGAUAAGAGUCUUCGGUGCUGGGAUUUGAGCCAGGAAGGCAAGUGUGUGAAGGUCGUUUCUGAAGUACACGAUCAUUUUGUCACUUGUCUGAGAUGGGCACCUGAAAGUCAGGGUGGGCUUCUCAAUGGGAUGCCUAAUGGCAUAGACACAAAAUUUGCCCUCGAUACGCAGAUCCGCUGCGUGAUUGCUACUGGAUGUGCGGACAUGAAGAUCAGGAUAUUCGCCAAUUGAAGCGGAUAAAAUUGCAGAAACCCCAAUGGGUUGUAGCUAAUUGUACUAUAUAGGUGGAAUUCCUGGAAACCGUGGAAAGGUAAUUAAUGUUCAUAUUAUUUAAAUUUACCUACCUAGCACCUAAAGGAUGAAGGGUAAGGAAGAAUUGUCCGCUGUUAGCGAUUGGCAAAGGAUUUCUCACGCCCGUUCAAUGAUCAGUCGAAUUUCUUAACGACGGCUAGAUAUAAACAAUCUACUUCUUCUGAAGCGCAAGCCCAUGCACAUCAGGCUUUUGCUUCAACUGAUUAAGCUUAGCUUAAUGAUAGUCGACUCAUACGACACAGAAAGCCAUCUGAUAGAUGAGCAGAUGACUUAAGACUUACAAAUACAAACUUAC